CAGUCACAACUUAUCCUCAGCCCAUUUUGGGUUCAGACUUUCAUAUCUUGAUUUUAAGUUUAAGGACAUCAUGGAUAAUUCCGCUUAUGUGAUAGAUUGUGACCGCGAGUUUGCUAUUGGAGGCCGCGAGGAGAACCUCUCGGAGAAGCCUCGUGCACACACUUUCGAUGAGGCCAUCACGCUGACCGGCGUGGGUCGCUUCCACUAUAAGUUGCUGCUCAUCUGUGGACUCUGCUUCAUGGCCGUGAUGGUGGAGAUCAUGGGCGUUAGCCUGAUUAUGAACCAGAUGAAGUGCGACCUUCAGCCAACGUUGAAUCAGCAGGGCAUCCUAGCAUCCGCUGGAUUUCUAGGUGUUGUUCUGAGCUCCCAUGCCAUGGGCUUUCUGGCCGACACAUGGGGUCGUGCCACCACCUUGAAGUAUGCCCUGUGUCUCAGCUCGGUUUGCUCGAUAGUUUCGGGAUUCUCGGUUAACAUCUGGAUGCUGAUCGUUUUCCGAUUCCUGACGGGCUUCUUUAUUUCUGGAGGACAGGCGUGUGUAUUCAGUUUAUGUGGCGAGUUCCAUGGCAAGGGCUCGAGGGUAAGGCAUGUGACUUUGCUAUCCGGAUUUCUAUGCGUGGCCAUGAUAUUUGCUCCAGCUAUGGCCAUUGGUAUACUACCGCUGCGCAUUGAGACCAUUUUCCUUGGCAUGCGAUUCUCCUCCUGGCGGGUUUUGCUCUUGGCCAAUGUCUCAAUUUCCCUGCUGGCUCUUGUUGGAAUCAGCACCCUGCCUGAGACACCCAAGUACUUGCUAGUCCAAGGACGUGGCGAUCAGUCACUGGAAAUCCUGCGCUCUAUCUUUGCCAAGAACUCCGGCAAAGAUCCCUCAGAGUAUCCCGUUAAGGAAGUGGCUCUGGAAAGUGGCGGCGCCAGCUUGUCCGAUGUCCAUGGUUUUGUGGACGCAGUGCGUCUCGUUUGGCACCAGACAGUGCCGCUCUUCCAUCGCAUACGGCUAUGGCAUACCCUGAACAUCUGCUGCAUCCAGUUCUUAAUUUACUUUCUGGCCCAGGGCAUCUUCAUGUGGUUCCCCACCAUCUUGGAUGAGCUGGGCACACACAAUGGCAACGAUACGCUGCUUUGCACUGUCCUACAAGGUUUCAAUGUAGAUUCGGGCUUGGGAGAUGAAGUGUCGAGCUGCUCAGUGGAAGUGGACACCUCCACGUACCAAGUAAUGAUCAUAAUCGGAGCCAGCUUUGUCUUGAUAUAUCUGUUCUUUGCCUAUAUCAUCGACUAUUUUGGAAAGAAGAAUCUUCUGAUGGCCUGGAUGGUGUUGACCAUGAUCUGCUUGGUGGCCCUGCACUAUGUCGAGCAGUUCGCCUUGGUGGUUAUAGCUCUAACUGUCGUGAUGGCCAUUGGUAAUUGUGGUGGUUUAGUCAGCACCAUUGCCAUGGAGUUCUAUCCCACGCACAUCAAUGCCAUGGGCAUGUGCUUCGUUAUGAUGGUGGGUCGUUUGGGUGCUGUAGUGGGCAGCAAUAUCCUUGGACGACUGCUUUUUGCCAGCUGUGAUCUGAUCUUUUGGGCGCUGCUGGUUCUUGUGGUGCUUCUGUGCUCCUUGGGCUACUUCCUGCCGGAUAAAUCACCUGCAUGGCAGGCGAAAUCCUCUGCCACGGCCAAAGCGAUUGUGGCAGCCACCACGAGUCCUAUUUUUGCAGUUAAUUCCAAAUAGGUUAAGCUAGGUAGAGAGGGUUGAUUAAGUAAUUUUCCAAGGAAAAUCCUUUAAGAACUUGGAUUUUAUGCUUGUAGUUAAUAAUUUUUUUUUGUUUAUGAUUAAAAAGGUAUUUAUUUUCUACCUA